UCUGUCUUUCUGUCUCCGUCUGUUACUGUCUGUUAGUUGUCUGUUGACUUGCAUCAUCACAUCAGUCUCCGACACUUUAGAUUCAGACACCAAACGAAAAUUCUAUAAAUACUGCCAAAUCGCCAGUAUAACCAAUUCAAAAAAACCACAUUUCUUCAGGAAUCUCGGAUUCUUCAAUUUCUCGCUAAGAUUCACUUCCAUCGCUACCAUUCAAGCAAUUGUUGAACUUAGAUAAUUGUAAUACUACCAUAUAAUUAUCAUAUAAUUAUUCCAUCACAUAUUUAUAACCAAUCAACUUCCAAAAUAGUACCAAAAGAUCAUCUAAAAUAUCACCAUAAUGUCGUCACACGAUCUCUUAUCAUACUCCAUAAUGAACCACGGUUCUAAGCUCGAUUACAGACCAGCUUCUUCUGCCUAUCCGCGGGACCGUUCUCCUAUGCUGUUACCUCCACUCUAUCCCAUAAUCAAGCAGUUGGCUCCUGCUCAUUCUUCGAUUGGUUCUUCGCCUGAACACCACCAGCAUGUUCUUUUGCCUCCGCUUUCGAGUAACUACACGACUAGCUACUCUUCUGCUACUUCGCCAUCUUCGACCAUAUCUACGGGCUCUAAUACACCAAACUAUUCUCACACUGCCAAACUUACGGAAAACAACUUGAGACACUUGGGAAACUCGCUCGAAACGACAGCCCACAGUGGCUUGGGACUCUUGACCAGUGCUAUCGCCAAUAUCAGCAGCCAAGAGCGUCUCGAGAAGACCAGAACAAACUCUGUCGACUCUCAAAGCUUCAACCGUCGUUUGAGUGGGAAUACCGUUUCCACCCCAAAUGCUCAUAGUGUCAAUUCCAAUACCAUUUCUCAUAAUGCCACUCAUCACAUCCAGCUUCCACUGCUUCUCCAUUCUUCUUCGUCGACUUUGUCGUCUGUGGCUUCGUCUGUGUCGUCUGUGUCGCCAAUGUCGUCACCAAGCAUACCAGCAGCAUCUGCUUCUGGUACAAGUGCGGUGAAAGACUCUGCUGUCACUACUGGCAACAGUAAUAAUAAGAGAAGACAAAGGUUGGGACCUUCAUGUGAUUCGUGUCGUUUGCGUAAAGUGAAGUGCAACGCCGAAAUCACCAUUCUCAGCAAAUCUGUUUCUGACGAACCAAAUGUCUGCCUGUUGUUGCUUGCCUUUAAUUUGUCUGCGGAACAAGUAGAAUCUGUCCUUCGUCAAGGUGAAUUGGUCAAGGUCGCCAAUGACUUCAACUUGAUAGUGUCUAACAAUAAGUUAAUCAAAUUCAAGUCGUGCAACAGCUGUAACAUGAAGAGCUUGACCUGUUGUUUCACCAAGGGCUUCACUAAAGAAGACAUUAUGGUCAACAGCUCCAAGAAGUCUGACGGUUCUUCUGCAAAAAAGGAAAAGGAAAAACCUGCCAAAAUCGCCAAGAAGAAGCUUGCGCCAACUUCUACGACUUCUGUCAAUGCUGUGAAGUCCAUUUCAUCCUUGACAAAGGCUUUGUCGAAAACAUUGGAGACUCAGCAAGAGCAGGUGUACAGCAUUCACGAGGACCAUCAGCAGCUGCACCAAAACAUCGCUUCCAAGCAAGUUUUGAUCAAGAGUAACAGUCCAGUUACAUCUGGUGCUGUUUUGUCCACUUCUGUUAGUGUUCCUGGCUCGUUGUCGACAUCUUCCAAUCUGUCUAACACCAGGAAAUCGUCUUGUACUUGUUGUAGAAAGAGAAAAGUCAAAUGUGUCUUCAUUGAAGCUCAGAACAAGUGUGAGAGCUGUAUCAAGAAGAAUGCUGACUGUUUAUUUGACAACAGAGCUUCUUACUGGGUGUAGGUAGGGUAUUUAUCAUUGGGUUAAUUUGGCAUAUGGAUGUACGGGGUACAUACUAAUAAUAAUAAUAAUAAUAAUAUAAUACUAAUAG